UCUAUGUUUUAGAUUGAUAUCUGCAACUUCAAAACCUUCGCAUAUCCGAGUCUUUCUAAAAAUAACCAAGUUCCUAUCAAAGCAAUUGAAAAUGCAGCUCACCGGCAAAUUCAUGGCUCUAGCCCUCCUUCUUGCCCCGCUCGCAUUGACUUCCCCUACUGAGGAUAUGAACGCCAGUGCCCGAUGUACACCCGGCACCUAUCGGUGCAAAUGCGUGGCUGGUUCGACUUACUGCGCGGUUGAUGUCUGUAAUGCUCUUGGAAGAUGGCAACUUUCAGCUGUGUGCAGGCGAAAAAGCAGCCCAGGUGCACCAGCCACUUGCAGAGAUGGCCCAAAUGGCACUGCCUAUUGUAUUUAGGUAUUAUACGGGAGAAGGUAUUAUAGGGGAGAAAUGGGGUGUCCUUUAGCUCAACAUGUCAUGUAUAUAAUUAUCUAGAUAGCUUACAGUUUCGUGUUUGCACUUGCCUGUCAUUUUGAGUUUGAGCACGCUGACGAUCUAUAUCACAGUAGCCGGAAUGUUAUUUAGUCAAUUCAUGGAGGUUAUUCAACUUGCGUUGUAUUCUUAGUUAUUAUGUGUCAGUCAAG